GCUUGGUUAAUUUUGCUGACUAUUUUUACGAGCAGAAUUUGAUGCGGCAAUCAUACGCCGCAGACGCGCAGUUUAUGCACACAAAGUAUAAAGGUAUCAAUCACGAAUUUAAAAUUCUAGCGCGGUGAUGUUAAAUUAUCUCAUUGCAGGGUCCCUUCAAGAUCGAUACCCUUCAAAUUACCAUGACAUUUGCAUACUUGACGCUGUAACUUGUGCUUGGACGGACAUGAUUGACUCAAGCAGCUUCAUCCUACUCCCUGCUUGACUGCUAUCCUGAGUGAAAAGUAGAGCCGAACCGAGAGGUGAUAACGCUUCAUCUCGGAGUCGGACUCUGCAUUGAUCGGUUCAUUGCCCAAAACAACACACUAGGCUGGGCAAACCAUGGCACACCAUCCUGGCACCGGGCCAUGACUCGGAAGCGAAAGGAUUAACCCCUUCGCGGCAUUGGCUGUCCGUGUCUGUGGCACUGGCCUGGACCCCGGCAAGACGAUAUAAUUUUCUUUGAGGCCAUUUACACAGGAACAUUCACGGAAGAGCACCAGUUGCCGUCGGGCCUCAUCCUCGAACCUUCUCGUGCAGGCAACCUUUACGACAUACCAAGAGCAUGCCUCGAGCGAUGCACUUCAGUAAAAGUGCCUGUAAAUGACAGAGCAUGAGCUUUGUCAAUGAACCCGCUUUACCCAUUUUGUUUUAUGGUCUUGGUUUUAUCCCUCGGAAUUCAUUACCAAAACCCAACCAAACAACACAACCAAAUAUCGUGAUAAUUGGCUGACGAACAAGCUCAUAAAACAGCUAGAACCGUAGCCACGAGAGCAAGAACAAGAAUAUUGAAAAUAUCUCCGUGACUUCGGAACCUUCAACCUCCGAUUUCUUCCGCCACGUGUUUACGUCGAAACUAAGCCUGAAGCCUGGGAAGUCGACAAAUCGCGUCAUGCCACUGGAGGACGCUGAGGCGCUGAGCGCCGAGUCCGGCUACCUACAGGAGAAGCUCGGCGUGGCGCUGACCUGCGGUCUAGCAGAGGUCUGCCGCCGCCGGCCCAGCGACCCGAUCCAGUUUCUGGCGCAGUGGCUGCUGCGGUUCCGGCACUUCUCGCAGGAGGCGCUCGACCUGGAGCUGGCCGAGCUGCAGCGCGCCGAGGAGCAGCAGCGGCUCGCCCAGUACGAGUACACGGCGCUGAUGCAGCGCCGCGCCGCCGAGGAGGCAGAGGACAACGCGUGAUUUAGCGACCGCGCAAGGUCCCACCGUCUGACCGGUCGGCGACCGGGCAGGGCCACUUUUCUGACCGGCCGGUGUGCGGACAGGGUUCACAUAGUCCGUGCGAUGAUCAGCUACGAAGAAUGACGAUUCCCGAACCAGUGCGACGGUCAGAUUGGUGAAGUGGGCUCGGAAAAUGCCCAUCCAUGUAGCAUCUUCCUCGAAACCCAAAUAUCGCAAUAUAAUGUAAACAAAG